CGUUUCCAAAUCACACAAGGUUUCUGUAAAUCCAUCUCCACCGUUCAAUCAAACCCUUGAUCAUAUUACCUGCUGAUUCUUCGCCUGAAUUUAACGCAAAAAACACCAUAUAAAGCCUCUCUCUCCUCAAACGGAAUUGGAAGAGAGACAACCAUGGCGGCAACUGUAACGAAUGUGUGGGGCAAACCUGGGGCAUGGGCUUUGGACUCUGAAGAACAUGAGGACAAGCUUAAUCAAGAAAAAACGGCAACACCCACCACCGGAAACGACCAAUCGGCGGAUUUUCCCGAUUUGACGACGGCUGCAGCCACCAAGACGAAGAAGAAGAAAGGUAAGCCCUUGCCUCUGGGUGAAUUCGUAACUGGCUGGACCAAUAAGCCCAAGGCUCAGACUUACCAAGCCGCCAAGGGUUUAACCACUGAGGAUAUGAUGAUGCUUCCGACCGGUCCACGUGAACGGACGGCUGAGGAGUUGGACCGGAGUAGGUUAGGCGGUGGUUUCAGAUCUUAUGGUGAUAGGAACAAUGAUUCAUCGAAUUCUCGGUGGGGUUCCAAUAGGAGCACCGGCGGUGGUGAGGAAGGUCGUACAUCGAGUAGGGAAUAUUCGCGUGCCGACAAGACUGAUGAUUGGGGGGCGCAGAAGAAAUCAGCCGUUGGGGGCGGUGGUGGAUUUGAUCGGAAGGAGAGAGCAGGAGGGUUUUUCGAGGGCUCAAAUUCUCGUGCUGAUGAAUCCGAUAGAUGGGUAUCCAAUAAAAGCUACACCCCACCUGAGGGACGAAGGAAUGUAAGAUUUGAAUCUAGCGGCGGUGCUAAUUCUUCUGAUAAUUGGGGGAAGAAGAAAGAAGAAGAAGCCCGGCGAUUCGGUGGUGGUGGUGGUGGUGCGUUUGAUAGUUUACGGGAAAAGGGAAGUGGCAAUGAGCUUCCUGAUUCAGAUAAUUGGGGACGAAAGAGGGAAGAAGCCAUUGGUGGUAGCAGACCUAAGCUUAAUUUGCAACCUAGGAAGCUGCCUGUGGUGGGUGAUACGGCAGAACUGAAGCCAAAUAAGGGGUCGAAUUUGAAUCCAUUCGGUGAUGCUCGGCCUAGAGAACAGGUGUUGAAGGAAAAGGGACAAGAUUGGAGGGAGAUUGAUGAAAAGCUUGAUUCAAUGAAGAUGAAGGAAGUUGAUUCAAAAAGGGGGUUUAGAACUGCUGCUGCCAUUGAAGACCAGUCUGAAAAAAGCUGGAGAAAGAAUGUUUCUCCUUCAAGCUCUGAGAAUAACGAGAUUGGAAAUGCCGAAGAACCCGAAGGAGAAGAGGCACAGGUUUGAUUCAGGUUAUGAGAAGAAGGGCAAAUAAGAAAUGAGAAGUUGAAGAUGAUGAUGAAAGUAGUAACCUUUUGGGUCUGUUUUUUGGGACUGAUUCCACUAUUUGCUGGUGCAAAAUUUUGGUAGAUUUGACAAGUAGAGUGAGGGUGGUAUGAUGCUUAUAAUUAUCUUGGUUUCUGUAUCCACUUUGUGAUCUCAGAUUUGGUGGAACAUGAAUGCUGAUUACCAAAUGUUCUCAGAUUUCAUGUCAAUGCAUUAGAAAUGUGAAAAUAAGGCAGGGUUCUCAUGUAGAAUGGGUUUGAGAGUUGACAGCGUUUUUCGUAGGAAAAAACGUGCAUGAAAGAAUCCGAAAUCCUACAUGGAAAACCGGAAGACAUGCGCUUACACGAGUGCGGACUUUACACGAUGUUUCCUAAGUUAAGUAGUGUAGGAUUAUUAUUUUGUUUUCGUUUAGUUAUUGUUUUUCUUUGCUUGUUACAAUACUGCAAUACAUGUUUUUUAUUUGUUAAAUUGUU